AUGUUAGUGAAGGCAUCAAAGAGUUGUGAUGUCUGCAACUUUGGUAUUCUCUUGCUAAAGCUUGAUAGCAGCGAGAAACCGAUUGAGAAGCUCAAUGACACUAGACCAACAAUGCUUGAAGUUAUUGAGCUACUGAAAGGAGAAUCAAAAGAGAAAUUCACAGCUUUAGAAAAUAAUGAAAUGUUCAAGAUUCCUCCAGCUGUGGGUGAUGAUGCUUUGUCAGGAGAAAAAGGCAAUACAGACUCUGCUACAUCAGAUGAAAAAGAACCAAAAUGA